AUGGGUAAUGCUGUUUCCGCAGCAAAUCCAACAGAAAUUCUUCCGGUGGAAUACUAUUUGACGGAUUUAGGCAUUACUUCAGAAAGUUUGGGCAGUACACGCUUUAUGAAAGUAGCUCGAGGAAGGUCUUCUUCGGCAGGAAUACGUGUUUACAAAGUUUAUCUAACACCAGAUGGAAAGAAUAUAAACGAGAGCUUGAUUACAUUCGGAGACGAAAUAAUUAGAAUAAAGACCGCGUUGAGCAAAGCACCAAAUUGUUCACCUUUUCGAAAUAUUUAUCAAAAGCCAAAGGCAGUUGUUUUGGAACGACUAUACCAAAAGUAUACAUUAACGGACCGUUUGAGUACUCGGCCUUUCAUAAACUCUGAAGAAAGACUAUGGUAUAUUUUCCAAAUAUUCAAAGGCCUGCAUCAAUGUUCUGUUGCGAAUGUUUGUCAUGGUGAUAUUAAAUCUCAGAAUAUAGCAUUGUCGUCUAUAAAUUGGUUGCAGCUCACAGACUUCGCUUCUUUCAAACCAACGUUCUUACCAAAUGACAAUCCAUCUCAUUUUACUUUUUUUUUCGACACAAGUGGAAAAGAAGUGUGCAACUUGGCUCCCGAACGCUUUCUUUCAUCAACCCUAUUUGAUAAGAAAGCCAAAGAACUUGGAGAUAAAUGGAUGUUCGGAACUUUAAAUCAUGCUAUGGAUAUAUUUUCCGCUGGUUGUGUUGUAUAUGAAAUGCUCAAUGAAGGAAGGUCUCCGUUUAAUUAUAGGCAACUUUGCGAGUUUUCUCGAAUGAAUCAUUGUGACGCUGGAGUUUAUCUAGAUAAACUGUUAGCUAACACCUCUUCUCAGUUCCGCCCGCUUCUAAAAAUGCUGCUUAAUCAAGAACCUACGAUGAGGAUGACUGCUAAAGAAGUGCUUGAAGGAACGGCUUUGCAGUUCCCAUCUAUUCUGGAAUCCAUAUUCAAUUAUUUGAACGCUUUUCGACCUCGUGAAAAUGUACAAUCUCAAUCAAUUGUUGAGCUUAUCCCGUCUUCAACCAAUGAUUUUUUUGAGCCUGAUGACGUUAUAUCCAAGUUGAAACGAGACGAAGACAUGAUUUGCGCAAAGUUAGAAGAUUGCGCUGAAACAAGGCCUUUUGCCGUGUUGUAUAUAACUUUGAUAACAAGUAACUUAAGAUCUUUACGUUAUUCACAAUCGAAAGUUAAUGCGAUGAACUUACUUCUGAGAUUAGCACCACUAUGUGAGACGUCGGUUAGUACGUUCCGCAUUCUGCCCUACUUUGUAUUUUUUUUGAAUGAUGAAAAUGAGUCUAUACGUGCGUUUGCGAUUCAUUCCAUCGUGGACUUGAUAGAGCCUUUAGAACCUUCUUGUUUUGAAGACUCUCUGAUUUUUAUCGACUAUCUCCUACCAGAAUUUACUUCUCUGUUCGAAAAACGCCGUUUCUCUAACACGUCUUGCCUUCUAGCUCUAGCAGGGAAUCUCGGUGUUAUUGCUCAGAAAGCCUACAAGUUUUUGAUAACAGGAAGAAGUUUGAGAAACGAAACAGACGACGAAUGCUCGGGUAUCGAAAGUUUAGAUAGUGAACAGUGUGAUAAAGAACGGGAAGCACUUUUCAAAUCUAUUGAGGAUUUGUUCGUUUCUCUGAGCGGAGAAGAGAACUGUAAAACAGUUAGACAAGCUCUAAUUCAGCAGCACAACCUAGCCGCUCUUACCGAUUUCUUCUCCAAGAAUUCACAGGGUGAUUUGCCUUACCAGCACAUGAUCACAUUUUUGAAUUCGAAGUGCAAUUGGAGAUUACGAGCAGCGUUUUUCGAGUCUCUCCCUAUCAGCCUUCAGAAAUCUAGCGUAGUACAACCUCUGCUGUAUCAGGGCAUGCAUGAUUAUGAAGAACUUGUAAUAAUUAGGGUUCUUUAUUGCGUGACGCUCCUAUGUUCUGCUGAAAUGUUGGAUAGAAAUUCGGUUACUGAGAUACUGCAAUGUGCUUCUUCAUUUUUGGCUCAUCCAAAUGAUUGGAUCAGGUUCCAAGUUAUCAACCUCUUGGUGUUAUUGGAUUCUAGAUGGUCACUUGCCGAUAACUAUUGCAAAGUUUUAUCUUGCGUGCGAGACCAUUUUGAAGGUAAAGGUUUGAUGAGGUUCAACCAUAAAGUUGUUGCUUUCAACAGCUUGAAGCCAGGCAUAUCGAGGGAGCAUUGGAAUGCUGUUCUAACUAAUUUGAAAAACCCGGAAGUUGCUGAGUUCAUGAGGCGUAUAGAUGAUGCUCUUGUGAAAAGCAUACCUUUGACGUGGACAGCAAGCUGGUUCGCCAAAAACUUCGAUGAAACACAGAAAAAAAAUUUCGAGCUUCUACGAUGUUUCCGAAAAUUUGAUUUGAACAAAUUAAUCGACUCGAGAAAACCUGAUGGCAUGGAAGCACAUCUAACCAUGCACCGGGGAGUGGUAGAUCUUUCGUCUUCAAUUUAUUCUCAUGUCUCUCGAAAUCGUUAUCAGCUUGGAAAAAAGGAUGGCUCUACCCCAUACGAAGAAUCUUUCUUUGGACUUCAGUAUCGUAACUCUUUAUGUAGCAGUCAACUACAAGAACUGCUAGAAUACAAGCAGUUGCUUUACGCUGUAGCUGGAGGAACUAAAAAUCAUCAAUCUGAACCAAAGGAACAGAAAGAGAGCAGGGAUGUAUCUUCAAUAUCUAGUACGGGGACGAAUCCCAUCACGCUAAUAACUCAUCUCCAUGAACAUUCUGAUUCUGUCACCCAGCUUUCGUUCUAUAAACCAAGUUCACUGUUUGCAAGUGGAUCUCGUGAUGGUACAGUAAAAAUUUGGUCGGUAAAAACAGUGAUAGGAGAGAGUUACGAUGCCAUAACUAGUCAAAAUACUUAUCAUGUACCUCUGGAAAGAUCUCAACAGCGAAACGGCACCAAUAUUUCUGUCGACGGACUAGGAUGGACAGCGAAAGGCGAAUUAGGAUAUUUCACAUCGGAUGGUUCAUUUGUUUGGGCUGACGUAUCCCGUGGUGUCCGGGAAGUAUCCAAAGUUACUUUUCCUGAAAGCGAUGGUCCAGCUAAACAAAUGCACGUUGAUGGAAAUUUAAUUUUUGUUCGAACUCACCAUAAUAUUCUCUACUGCUUGGACAGCAGGGUUUCUGAAUCUAAUGGACCUCUUGGUAAGCACGAGGCCUGGCGGAGAGACAUAAGUAAAAAUCACGGCUUAAUCACCUCGUUCUGCAUUGACCCCUGGCAAGCUAAUUGGAUUUGUAUGGCUUGUACUACGUAUCAGCUAAUGCUAUGGGAUGUUCGUUUUCAAAUGGAAGUUAAUUCUCGGUGUGCUAGCAAAGAUAACAACCUUCCAUUGAAAAUAUGGAGUAAUGUACGAUCGCCUUAUCAAGCUCCAGAGGUGUUUGUUCAAUUCCAAUACUAUGGAAACAUAAGUAUUUUUGACCUUAGUCAGCCCACCUCUAAUGUUUCACGUGUGCUGUGGCCAUCAACUUCGCAACCACUUGGAAAACAUCAUAGUAAUGGUAACAAAUCCUCAGGAAAUAGCCAGUGGAGCACAACAGCUAUCCUUGAGGACAUGAGGAACAUUACAGAUGCUUUAACAGUUUGCGAAAAAACUGGGGCUGUUUUCACCGGAGAUACACAAGGUGCUCUACGCAGAUGGUAUCCUAAUUCUGUGGAUUGUCUCUAUCUGAAUGGACCGAGAUUUAUUCAAGAACGGUCUCCCUACCGCACUACGUUCAGGGAGAUCGGAGAAAAUCCGGCUGUGAUACAUGAAGUUAAAGUACCUAACCAAGCUAACACUGAACGACAUAUCCCGCCUAUAGAAUACAAGGCUGCAAACUGUCAUAGAACACCUAUAACAGACAUAAUGGUGGUUGAAAACGACUACUUAGUAUCUUCGUCUUCGGAAGGAAUAAUCAAAGUGUGGAAAUGA